GCCUUAAACGGUUAAAAAUGUCGUUUUGUGUUUUGUAAGGUUUGGAAGACAGAUUUUGUACUUUACACCGCCUUAAACCCAAUAAUUGGUUCACAUGUAGAGGCAGUAGGUGACAAAUCAUAUUUUUAAUAGUUGUCAUACCUUUAAAUUGGUUACGGGGUGACUUGUGUACAGUAAGCAAAUUAAGUACGAGCAGCUACCGCACCGAGGCCGGGGUUUGGGAAAACACGAGCAGGAAGAGGUGUACAUUUCGUGUAAGUUAGGUCUCUGAUUUAUGUACAAGGUCCCCCGUCGAUUCAGCACGAAGUACUCAAGUGUGUUAGUCUGUUUACCUGAAUCUCAGAGCCAGAUCUAGGUCAACCUCAAGAGUCAGGCACCCAGUGGAAAGUGCAGACAAGUUGUGUCGACCACAGAGCUGCUCCCGGCCCACUAAACUGGUGCAGAAGGUUGAAUAAUGACCCUUAAUAGAACAAACAGGCGGGUAUUGGAAGGAAAAACAACGUCAACGUAAUAAGUUGGUAUGCAGCUGAAACCUGACACACAUGGAUGUCAGGUGGAAGAGGCCCAAUGAUGCUGCCCACUCCACUCUACUCAGCACCAAAUAGUCAUGUAAACCAUUUGGGCAGAUACUUGAGAGAUCACCACAACACUCCUGAAGAGGACGACGAGACCAUGAGUAAGGAGGAGUGUGAAGGCACCGUGGCCCCCAAGCUGGACUCCACCCUUAAUCCCGAUGGACAACGCCCCCUCCCAGACCACACCACUUCCCCUGAUGAUGCUCUGUACAGCAGACAGAGGUUGGGGAGAAAUCAGGGACAUGAACACAGUCACACACUUUCUCAGCCUGAGCCAAAGUACUGUCCAUACCAGCCACCUCAUGGCUUGCCACCCGGGUACAGCCAGCCAACUCCAUUCCCCAGUCAGGCUGAAGGCUCCUGGCUUCACCCCAGCUUUGCCAGCAGCUGGUCUGGCUAUCCAAACAGUCUGCCAUCCUGCUUUUCCCCUAAAGAUUACCCCAGCUACUCUGGAGAGAGUUCUUACUCCAGGGACAAAUUCAUGUCCCUGCCAGGCAGAUAUAGUGCAAGUAUGAGCAAUCUGGAGCAGCCCCACUCUCUGCACUCCAACCCACCACUGGGCAACUUGUAUCACCAUACGCUCUCUCCAUACUACUGCUCACCUCAGGGAGUGCCCUGUUGCGCCCAAUGCCCCCCAGAACCCUUCAGCAGGGGCCCGGUGGUUCACCAAAACUUCAGGCUGGGGCAUCAACCAGCUUACAACCAGUACUAUCCAGAUGAAUGCAGACUCCCUGGAGCUGGCUACAUGCAGAAUGGCCAUAAUACGCCAGCCAAACAGAAGAAUCCUCCUCACAGUGCACCACUCUCUCUGGAGCAGAGAAGGGUCUUUGUCACUUACGAAGCAGACAAUGACAAGCACAUUAAUGGAAUCAUCAACUUUGUUGCUCUGCUGCGGCACAACGGCUUUGAUACCCAUAUUGACAUGUUUGAACAACAGUUCAGGAGCAUAAGCAAGAUAGACUUCAUGGAGCGGUAUCUCAGCGAGAAGGAGUAUCUGAUCAUCAUCAUCAUAAGUCCAAAGUACUAUGAGACAGUGACCGCCUCCCCUGUCAACCGAGAGAACGAUGAGAGGACUUUCAACACUGUCUACAUACACAAACAGCUACAGAAUGAAUUCAUUCAGAACGGAAGCAAGAAUUUCAGGUUCAUCCCCAUUUUGUUUCCUGGGGCUAAGAAGUGUCACGUCCCUAACUGGCUUCAAAACACCCAUGUUUAUGAAUGGCCGCGUGAUCGGGAUGACAUUCUGCGGCGACUGAUGAGAGUGGAGAAGUAUAAUCCACCUCCUAUUGGAGAGCUACCAACCAUUGUUUCCAUCCCCAUAUAGAGACUCUGAUCUGAAAACACUGACUGCAGGGAAAUUCUAAAAAUGUGUGAGCCCUCAGUUUGAGGAGUAGUAGUCGUUAUUUUCCUCUUGUGUUUGCGUGUAAGACCCAUGACCCAGAAUGUGGAUGAAGAUUGUAAGUACAAGAGAGGUUGUAGGACAUGUUGGUCUGCUCUUUAUAUUUCCCUCCUGGAAUGUGUUGCAUGAGUAUAUUUAAUUUGUUCCUACAAACUCCAAAUACAUGUAACAUAUGGGGCCGAGGCAAUUUUGUAACAUUUCAUGCCACAGGACGCGAAGCAGAGGCAGACAAACAAGCUUUUAGUUACUUAAGCUUGUCAAAGGGUGCUACUGAUGUCUUAUUCUCUGAAGCCGCAGCUCUACUAUCCCAGACUGCCCUCAUUUUCAUUUGCUAAAACACGAUAGGUGAUAGAUAAUCUUUGUUAUGCUGUUCUGAGUGAAUUACUUGUAUAACCAGGCAAGUAGAACGCCUUUAACUGUUGUGUUAAAUUUCUUAAAUCAUAUUUAAAAUUUUAAUAUCUCUUAAAAUUUGGACAUACGCCCUGGUAAAUGAAAGGAGAUAAUCCAAAUAUUUUGUUACAUGUGGGUGUUAUCAUAAUAAAGGUAUAACAGAUAUGAUCAAUAAAUAGUCUGAUGACUGUAUAUUUACACAGGGAACCAACAGGGUUUCCUGUGUAAAUAUAUAAAUAUACCAACUCAUAACUCUAUUUAUGAGAUGUAAACAUUGACAGUGUAAGGUACACUCUGCCUCACGCAUAUUGUCUUUCGUGAUACAAUCUCCAGCAUACAGUAUCUUACUGACAAACACCUGUCCCGCUGGGCGUUGUUUCAGGUUUGUUUUGAAUUUUAAAAUUAAUUGUCAGUGUCAUUUGCUCAGUUUUGCUCAUUAUGUAAGUAAAUAUCAUUUCUGAAUAUGUGCCUUGUCAGUGCAUAGUAAUUGUUAAAAUCAAGUGGUAGCUUUAAGUUCAGAUUGUACUGUCAGGUAAUGACAUGUUUGUAUUCAGUUUUGCUUCAACUUGAUCUUCGUUUACCUUUUGUGUUAGAGGUGCUGUGCUCGUGCUCAGAAUGAGCCCUCAUCUCCUGUGCCAGUUUUUAAUUAAAUUGCAUCCCCUCAGAACUAAGUGAUGUGGACAGUUACUGAUUUACUGAUUUUAUUUUAUUGGACACAUCAGAUGUUGUUAAACUAAAUCAUGGCUAAUCAAAACAAUUUUUUUAUGCUUUUUCAGCAUUAGAUAUUUGUUACAUAUUUGCUUCUUAUGAAAAUUCAUAAUUUUAACAUUGAGAAAAUAUUUGGACGAUUAGUCAGGCACAGGAUUGCUGGGUGGUUCUGCUUGAUACAUCAAAUUACAAUAAAAUGGUUGAAUAGCACAUAGAGAUAACUU